GCACUCUGCGGCGUGCACGACGGGUCUUCUCACAAGAGUUGGACAGCGGACUUGUUCAUGGUGGACCUGGCGAUCACAGGCACGUGCUUUGCAGCACGCACUACUCACGCCCUGAUCGAGCAGAUCCCAGCUGUGGCUCUCAAGCAAGGACGCGCUACACAAGAAAAGCUCAAGAUUCCGAGCCGCAACGACAUCGUGUCCGUUUCACCAGAUCGCUGCGAAGAAAGCGCUCCCGAUGACGCGAACAAUCAGAGCAUGCUCCGGCAUGCGAACGGGGCUUGUCAGAAGAGCUGGAGA